UCACUCUACAUCAAGGAAACGCAACUGACGAACUGUGAUCGUUCAAGGAAGAUGCUCCCGCUCUUAAAUAGGGAGAGAAGGUAUUCUCGCAAAGGAUAAAUGGUAGAGUCGAAGAGCUAGUAGAUAAGAUUAAGAGAAAGAUUUUCUCGGGAAAGACCAAUGGUGUGGACGAAGAGCUCAUAGAUAAGAUAAGAACGAAGAUUUUCUUGAGAGGGAAUGCAUUUUCUUUCUUUUCAUCCAAUCCAAAAUCGACUUUUAAAAUCCUAGAUAAGCCAGAGGCGGAGUUAUGUAUUAUAAAAACAGAGAGUAAAAGUCUAGCUCAGAUCAUUUCUUACUGAAUAGCAAGAUGACUAGCGUGAUUGAUAGAAGUUCAAGUGAAUAUAAUGUAUUGUUUAGAAAUACAAUAUUGCAAUGUCAAGAAGAAGAAAAAGUUUAUCUCUGUGACAUUCAAGGUUUUCAAAGAAUUGCCGUCGAUACUUUUAUUUUCAAGGAAAUCAGUUUUCUCAAUUUGAGUAAAACUGCUUUACCGACUGCGUAUCUCUUUAAACCUCCAUUACCAUGGGAUGAACUAACAGAGGAAGAAAAAUGUAUGACUCACUGUAUUGAAAAGAGCCAUCACGGCAUAGAAUGGGAUUCUGGAGAUAUUCCAUAUCACCGUCUUCAUACAAUUUUAGAAAUAUGUACGCAAGGAGUCACAAAAUUAUUCGUCAAAGGAAAGCAGAAAGCAGAAUGGAUAAAAAAUUUAUUGCCCGAUUUAUCAAUCACAAACGUCGAAAAUUUUGGCUGUCCAUCGUUUGAAAAAAUAAUAUAUGAUAAGCAGUUCGUCUGCUUUAAUCACGAUCUCUGCAUUAGAAGAGUGCCUAUGUGUGCUGUUCGAAACGUUAUUGCAAUACGAACCUGGCUACUCGAUUAUUUAAAUGAUCGAUUUAGUUUAGAUACGGUGGAUAAUCAAAAUUCAAAAUGUAUUUGCUUAUACUGGAAAUCAGCUUAACUAAAUAAAAAAUGAUUUUAAUAAA